AUGGCGGAGGUUCCAGCUGAUCCUCCUUCGCGGGCCAUUGGGCUACCGCAGAUUCUACCAGCGCCAAUCACUAAAGUUGAAGACAUGGGUGAUGGUCUUGAAGGAGAAAUCCUUGGAAGGCUGUUGAUGAUGCACGUGAACAACGAACCGGUCCUUCGGCCUGGGGCUCGAGCGGGAUGGACAGCGACCACCUUUUUCACGAAGAUAAAUUCACUGCUGGCAAACAUCGAGGCAAUCCUCAUGCAAUGCGUGGGUCAAGCGAUCACUGACCCCGAGGAGAUGUGCGCGCAUUGCCGGAGGCGCUGUGGCCCCUUCUCCUUCUGCGUAAGGGUAGAUGGGAUUGAGGAGUGUGCUAAUUGCCACUGGGAGAAGCUUGGGCACCGGUGUUCAUUCAACGCGAGCCCCUUGAGCCCCAAAACCCGCCAGAACUCGAAACUCUACACGCAGGAGGAGAUUGCGGCAUUCGAACAAGAGAUGGAGGAGCUUCGCGUUGCCCAUGCAAGUUUCGUGGCAAACGCCAGAAGCCAGCACAGUGGCCUGGACAGGGCUGGAAAACACUGCCGGACCGCAGUCCGAGGAAAUCCAGACCGAGUGAGCACCCCGCUGCCCCCUGGAGUCAUGGCGAUCCGGAUGAGCGAGUAUGGCCGGGAGCUCCAGGGACCAUGGCUCUUGGAUAUGGAGGCCCAGGUCGGGGACCUUCAAACAGCGCACGCGGAGCUCAUUGAUGAAGCGCUAGAAAUUAUGAAGCGACUCAACGCUCUGACAAAGCUCUAG